AUGAUCUCCCCGGAGGAAGUGGAACUGACCCUGGCGGAACAUCCCGGGGUCGCCGAGUCGGCGGUCAUUGGCGUGGAGGACCUGGAGUGGGGCGAAGAGGUCAGAGCCGUGGUCGUGGCGGCGGACCGCGGGGUCACCGAGCAGGACCUCAUCGAUUUCUGCCGAGACCGGUUGGCAGGGUUCAAGCGGCCGCGGUCGGUGGUGUUCGUGGACGAAUUGCCGCGCAACGUGAUGGGCAAAGUGCUCAAACGAGACCUGCGGGAGGAAUUCGGUCACCCCGUGGUGAAUUCUUGA